CCUGCCUUUGCAGCCUUAGCUAGCUUGAACUUUCUUCCUAGCUAGGCUAACAGAAAAUAAACCAUGGCCGACGUCCAAACACUGACCAAGAUUCCGACCAUUGAUUUCUCAAACGAGAACCUGAAACCUGGCACUAGUUCAUGGCUGUCGGUACGAAAAGAUGUUUGCAGUGCACUCGAGGAGUACGGUUGUUUUGUAGCAGAACUUGGCAAUAAGUUUCCCCUGGAGCUUCACAACACAAUGUUUGCUACAGCGGAGGAGCUGUUUGAUUUCCCCACAGAAACCAAAAUGAAACUCACUUCCGAACAGGUUUUCCAUGGCUAUGUCGCCAAUCCUCCUGUCCGCGAACGCAUGAUGAUUAAUAACGCAACCUCCCCGGAAGAAACUCAGAAGUUGACGAAUGUCUUCUGGCCCAACGGAAAUGAUAUUGUCCGGGAGGGUGCUAAUUCAUACGCGAAGAAGAUGGCGGAGUUGGAUAAAAUGGUUACGAGAAUGGUAUUUGAAAGCUAUGGAUUAGAGAAGAACUUUGAUGCUCACUUGGAAUUAACAACUCGUACUCUCUCACUUAUAAAAUAUAGAGAACAUCAUGAGACGGAGACCAAUGAAGGGAUUAAAAGCCAUACGGACAAGCACUUAACCACCAUUCUUCAUCAAAACCGAGUGAGGGGUCUGGAGAUAAAAACACAUGAUGGUGAAUGGAUUGGCUUUGAUCCCUCUCCUUCAUCCUUUCUCUUCUUGGCAGGUGAUGCUCUCCAGGUAUGGAGCAACGACAGGAUUCAAGCAAGCGUCCAUCGAGUAAUGUUGGUUGAAAAUGAGACGAGAUACUCAAUCGGGAUGUUUGCAUUCCAUGAUGGGACGAUACAUGUGCCAGAAGAAUUGGUUGAUGAAGAGCACCCUUUGAAAUACAAACCGUUUAAUAAUCGUGACUAUGCCAAAGCCCAAGCCAGUCUAUUUCAGCAAGAAAUUUCAGUCAAAGCCUUUUGUGGUAUUACAACUUAAUUAUUAUUAUGCGUCAGACGUUGGAACGUAUAACGUCGAGCUGCAUGUGCGGGUGCAUUUGCACGCGGCGUACAUGCGGGCGAUGAAUCUGUCGUUACAGGGCGUGCGUACAUGGCGACAAGGACUACUGCUGUUAUAUGUAGUACUAUAGUGUUUUUUUUUUUUUUUUU